GAAGAAUGGGUAAGCCUGCGGGCUACGCCCGCGAAGCCAGCGUGCAAGAUGCAUCUGGUAGUGCGACGGCUACUGUCGGUCACUGCUUUCCUGGCUGCCAUCGCCCGUGCGAAGCGGGCGAACGAAUAUCUCUUUGCGCGUAAUGGCUUGAGCGUUUUCAGAGAACUCGCCAGGAGUUCUCAUUCGUUGAUGAUGAAAAGGCGGGCAGCCAGGAAGCGGAGCCAUUGGCGCGGUGCCGCUCGUCGCACUUCUGGUCAGCCGGUGGGAACCUACGUACCUACCUAUACAUGCGCCGGGUACAAGUCGUUACCCGCGCCCAGACAUCGUAUCGUGUACCCUCGUCUUUUCUUGAUUUAUUACAUACCUGGGCCGAUGAAAUACACCUACAGCAUUGUGGAGGCUGCCGCCCUCUGGGCGGGCGUAGAUUUCGCUAUUAUCAGGGAGCGCAUGGAUUCUGCGGACAUUGCCGCUAUCGAGGCAGGGUAUGAGGAAGACAAACGCACUGCGUUUGUAGCCGAGUUCGAGGCCGAAGAUACGUGGCGACAGCAACGGAAAGCCUGCUCGCAGUGCGAACUGGAGGCACAGUGCCCAGACGGUCUCCUUGCUCCGUAUUCCCUAGAUGCGCCGGAGUUGCUUGGCUUGCAAUGCCCUCAGGGAUUUCAUAGCAAACCCGGAGAAGAUGCUCCCACAUCUCGCACAGUAACAAAGCGAAAGUUCGAGACUCGAUUACUUCCACACCCAGGAGAGUUCGAUGACCUGCCGGACUUCGAGCGGCGUCUUGGGUGGUUGCAGACCGCGUUGAAUUUGGGUGACCUUGAUGGUACGCCAGAAAUUGUCCGCGCAUCUGAUUUGCGUGGAUGGCUUCAUAAGCAUUUUCCUGACCACACGAGUAGCUUUGUCGAAACGGACGGUGCAGAAAUAAAAAAAUCCGUUAGCGAAAAAAAGAGCGUGACAAUUAACAAUAUUUCUGGAAAACCAUCCAAAUUGGAGACCGAACUCAGGGAGGCUAUUCGUUUAGCCGGGGGGCGAGUUCAAGGUAAUACCGAUGCAAUUUGGAAGUGUUUAUCCAAACUCGCUGAUGAGAAAUUCGGAUGCCUGGAAGGCGUCAGCCAGGACGGAAUCGCAUAUAAAGGCGACAAAUACUACAGCAGUCUCGCAAGAAAUCCCAAAAAUCCAGUCUUCAACUACCUGGAUAGAGGUGAUUUGUCGGACAGCCUACGAACAUUCCGCAAGCGCGAAAGGUCGUAG